AUGGGUAUGGCUUGGACUCCCGAAGCUGAUGCUCAGCUUCUGAUCCUGAUCAUCGAUCAGUUGAAAGCAGCUAACUUCGUCCUCGAUACUGAGGCUCUCGCUGUCGGCAUGGGACCGCCAAAUGCUACAGGGUGCAACAAGCGCAGUAUCCAGCACCGUCUCCUCACCUUGCGCAAGCUGCACGCCAGGGCCCCGGCCGCUCCCACCGAGGAUACCUCCGCUACCACAGAGGAUGCCUCCGCUCCCACCACCCCAGUCAAGCGCAAGGCCGGCCGCCCCCGUAAAAACACUGACAGCAAGAGGGUCAAGGCUGAGGAUACCAAGGCUACUGAGCCCAGUGUUGAAGAUGAUGAUGCCUUGUUCGGCAUCGUUGCUGACGACAAGGGGGCAAACUAA